UUAUCAAUUCCAAUCCAGGGCGAAGAUGAGGAGGUGACAAUAAACCUCAACGAAUCCUUAGAAGAUAGAGAAACUUUACUAUCCUUACUACAAAGUGAACAAGCUUCAAAGCAAGCUUGGUUGUUAAUCGCAAAUGCCUUUUCAAAUAAAAAUCAAAUCGACGAUGCUAUCUUUAUCACCGAUAAUGCUAUCCAAUAUUUCCAAUCUUACCAAAAUUACUCCAACCCAAACAAUACCAAUGAUGACACAUCCAAUUUGGAUACCGUACAAACUUUUAAAUCCUUCUUGAUUUGGCUAUACAUUAAGAAAUCAAGAUUACAAACUAACAUCGAUUACAAACUCGAAACCUUAAGAAUUGCAACUAAAAUUUUAUCUGAUCAAAACCCGUUUUUUGUCCCAAACCAACUAGCAAGAUCAAUAAUCGAUUUCGAAAAAGAAGAGUACGAAUUGUCUUUAACAACUACUGAAAAAAUUCUAAAAGAAGACCCCUUCAAUUGUUUUGCUUUAUUUAACAAAGCAAACAUUUUUUUUAUCAAAAAAAAUUAUUAUUCUGCAAUCAAAAUUUAUCAAAACAUCCUAAUUCAUAACCCAAUCUUCAAUCCUGAUCCUAGAAUAGGUAUAGGUUUAUGCUCAUGGUUUCUUAAUGAUAAAGAAUUGGCUCAAAAAUCUUGGGAAAGAUCUUUGCAACUAUAUCCAAAUAACUUGACUUCAAACAUCUUGUUAAUGAUCUUAAAAUUCGAAUCAAUCUUUAAAAACUCUUUACAAGAUCAAAAUUUCGUAAAUGAUUACACUUCCCUAAUCAAUCUAGUUGCAUACUAUUUCACCCAAAACAAAAAUAACCCAAUUUUAUUAAUCAUAUUUGUAUCUUAUUUAUUUUCAACUAAGAACUACGACUUAGCUGAAAAUCUUAUUCUAAACUUUAACAAAACAGAAAAUAAUCUAAUUUCAUCCCAAAUAAAAUCCCAAAUAAACUUUUGGUUAGCUAGAAUUUAUUUUGCAAAAACAAAUUAUCAAAAUUCUUUAAAAUAUUUUCAAAAUUCUGCAAAUUUAAAUAACGAUAAUAUUUUGUCCAAAUUCGGUAUUGGUCAAAUUCAAUUAAUCAAUAACAAUAUCGAAGAAUCAAUUUUAACCUUUGAACCUCUAAUCAAAUCAAACCAAAACUCUUUGGAAAUAAACUAUCUAUUAGGUCUCUUGUACUCUGAAAAGGCUGACUAUGCGUCAAAUAAUACAAAUCAGUCUUCAAACUCAUCUUCCUUAAAUUCUUCCUCUUUGACUUCAAAUUCAAUCAAAAAAAAUAUAAAAUCCUGUCUAGAUAAAUCAAUUUCCUUUUUAGAAAAGUAUAUCAAACUAACAAAAGAUGCAAAAGAAUUGCCAGAAUUGAAUUCCUAUUUGACUUUAUCAAAAAAUUAUGAAUCAAUUGAUAAAAAGAAAUCUCUCAAAUAUUUACAAAAUGCUAUUGAAUUAAUCAAAUUUCUAAAUGACGAUGACAAUGAUAAAAUUCCUCCUGAAAUUUUAAAUAAUAUCGGAGUCUUGUAUUAUUUGAAUGGAAAUUUUGAAUCUUCAAAAAGUUUUUUUGAAAUUGCUUUGAAAAAUAAUCAACUAUCUGAACCUACAAAUUUAUCAAAGGAGAGAGAUAUUACAAUUAGAUAUAACAUUACAAGAGUCAAUGAUAAUGACAUUAAUUUUUUUCAAGAUGAUUCUCACAAACUUUCAAAUGACAUUAAUAAAAUUUCAAAUGAUUACAAUGAUAUUUUAAUUGAUGUUCCAAAUUAUAUUUAUGCAAAUAUUAGAAGAAUUUAUUUACUAUCAAAGGACGAAAAUUAUGUUGCUAGCUUGAGUAACAUUAGAACACUAGAAAAAAAUAUUACUACUCUACUAAAUGAAAAUAAAUCAAAUCUUGAAGUUAGAGCAUUUUACGGUUGGUUUUUAAGAACCUUUAAUAAAAAAUUAUCCAUAUUUCAAAAUGCACCAAAUAAAAAUGAAAAUCCUGAAAGUAAUCAUUAUAUUCAAACUUUAAACGAUCAUGAUUCUCAUGACUGCUAUUCAUUAAUUUCUUUAGCCAAUGUUUAUUUACUAUUAGCAAGAGAGUAUAAAGUCAGAAAUUCAAGUGAUGAAAGUAAAAAAAAUGGCUAUUAUAUUAAGAGUGCAGAAUUAUUCCAAAAAGUUCUAUCAUUAGACUCGUAUAAUAUUUUUGCGGCUCAAGGUAUUGCAAUAAUUUUUGCCGAGCUAAAUGAUUCUGAUUAUGCGUUAAAAAUCUUCAGAAAAAUUAGAGAUUCUUUAAAUGAUGUUUCAAUUUUUAUCAAUUUAGGGCAUGUUUUAAUUGAUAUCAAACAAUAUUCUAAAGCAAUUGAAUGCUAUGAAAUUGCAAUCACUAGGUUUAACGGUGGGCAUGAUGUUAUUACUGAUUCCAAGUACUUUAUAUUAUUAGGUAGAGCAUGGUAUGCAAGAGGAAUGGGUGACAAAUCAUUACCAAGUUUGAUGGCUGCAUUGGAAUAUUCAAAAAAAGCAUUAAAAAUUGCAAAAAAAUACAAUAAUAAAAUGAUGAUACCAUCAUUAAAGUUUAAUAUUGCAUUUAUUCAAUUUCAAAUUGCAGAUUUUAUAAGAAAAUUAGCACCAAGUAGAAGAACAGCAGAUGAACUUCAAUCUGCAUUGAGUGAUUUGGAAGAAGGAAUAUCAACUUUAAGUCAAUUGGCUAGAGAGCCUAAUCCGCCAUUUUCCCCAGAUAAUUUGAACCAAAGAGCCACAAUGGGUAAAAAUACUAUAAAAGUCCAGGUGCAGAAUGAAUUAAAUAAACAGUUAUCAUAUGAAAAGGAAUUUAAAGAGAAAUUUGAGGAAGCCAAAAAUUAUAGAGCAAUUGAAAGGGCUAGAAUUGAAAAAGAAAAUGAAGAAUAUAGAGCUAAAGAAUUACAAAAUGAAAGAGAGCUUUAUUUAAAGAGAUUAGAAUUAGAUAAUGAAGCAAGAAAAUGGAAAGAGCAAAUGAUUCAAGCGAGAAUUGACGAGGAAGAACAAAAAGAGAAAAAGAAAAAGAAAAGAGAUGAUGAUUUUGUUGAAAAUGAAUCAGAAGAUAAUGGAUCUUUAUUUGGAGACGAUGAGGAAAAUAUAAACGAAAAACAAAGGGAAAAAGAAAAAGAAAAGAGACACAAAGGUGAAAAAGGCAAAGGUAGAAGAAGCGGCAAGAGAAAAGAGAGUGCUGAAGGCGAUGAAGAAUCAGGUAGACAUUUGAAGAGAAGAUUAACACAGAAGAGAAUUGAAAAUGAAAAAUCGACUGAAUUUGUUGAAGAUAGUGAUGAGGAGAUUGAG